ACUGGCUGAAUCGUAGUUUCUGUGGAAAUCAUACAUAAUAAUUGAAUUAAAUAUCAUUAAAAAGGCUACAAGCUGUGAUAGCAACAAGUAUAUUGAGCUAACAUCAGUACGAAAAACAUUCGCCCACUAGGCUGCCCCCACUCGCGCCCGCAGAGAGUCACCCACACACACAAAAAGUCGAAAGGGGCGACAACAAUAGGAAAAAAGUGGCAAAAAAUCCCCUAAACUAAACCAACAAGUCUAAACAUAAUUGCGUGUAAUACAUACGCAUAAGAUGCCACCAAAAGAACGCAAUAUAGCCAUAAUGGGCUACCGUUCCGUGGGCAAAUCAUCGCUCAGCAUACAGUUUGUUGAAGGCCAAUUCGUGGACUCGUAUGACCCAACAAUUGAGAAUACAUUCACCAAGGAGACUAAGGUCAACUCGCAGGAGUAUGAUAUGAAGCUGAUCGAUACUGCUGGCCAGGACGAAUACAGCAUAUUCCCUGUGCAAUACAGCAUGGAUUUCCAUGGCUAUGUCCUGGUCUAUUCAAUAACGAGUCAAAAGUCCUUUGAGGUUAUCAAAAUAAUAUACGAAAAACUUUUAGAUGUGAUGGGCAAAAAAUAUGUACCUGUAGUGUUAGUAGGCAAUAAAACCGAUUUGCAUCAAGAGCGAACUGUAACCACAGAGGAGGGCAAGAAACUGGCUGAAUCCUGGCGAGCAGCAUUUCUUGAAACAUCCGCCAAACAAAAUGAGUCUGUUGGAGAUAUAUUUCAUCAGCUACUGAUUCUAAUUGAGAACGAGAAUGGUAAUCCCCAGGAGAAGAGUAGCUGCAUUAUAUCAUAAGAGAGAUAGAACCUGGCAAGCGGAUAUCCAUGGUCAAAUCUGUUGAAACCGUGAUGGCAAUACGAAAAUCGAUUAUAUCUUAUCUAAACAGUUCGGCCAGCAGGCGUGCGUGCAUGGGCGUGGGCCAGCGGCCGUGUCCCAGGUGCGCAGGAAGAAAACAUCUACAAAAACUAAUAGCUUUAAGUCCACACACAGCAAAGUAACCACAUCAAUCAGUUUAGGAGCGACCACAAAUGCUGCCCAGCAGGUUUUUUUGUGGCUGUCGCCUAGCGCAACACACAACAGGUUUAAGUUAGCUCACCUUUUUUCACAACAACAAUUCAGUUACAAAGUUUAUAAACAGAUUAAGAGUCAAGCGAUUAUUUUAUAUAUUUUACUGUUUUUAGUUUCAAUUUAAAUAUAAUUUUGUCCAAG